AGAUAAGUCGAGGGGAAGAUAGAAGGAUCCAUUUGAAUAUCGGACGGUAUCUUUUUUAUGUGUGUUCUGUGUGUUAUGUAGAAUUUUUUUGAGUGCAGUGACGUACAUUUUUGAGCCGGUUUGCAGCCAGAAAGAAGGAAAUAGCAAAGCCGAUUGUGUUCAGCCGAAAACAACGAAGGACACACGUUGACGAACAUGUCGGAGAGUGCAUACAACUCACCGAUGGUGGCCAGAAGGCUGACCGAGUCCUGCUGCAGCUCGCCGGCAAGAAGUAUCGGCAGCCGACACGCCGACAUCCUCACCGACUCCGACGGCGAGGACGAAGUGCUCUUCACCGAAGUCCCAGGAACGCCCGACCAAACCGUCAUCUGUGGAUGGCUCAAGUUUCGCGACAACAAAAAAUGGAAGCAGCGCUGGGGAGUCAUCACCAAACUGUCGCCGGCUGCAGACUGUUUACAUCUGCAACUGUACAGGGACUCCAAGGACAGAUACAAGCAAGGUCAGACCAAGGCCUCGCUGUCGUUGGAACACUUCCUGGGAUUGGAGACUGGUUUUACAUUAGAUAAGGAAUCAAACACGGUAGCCAUUUUGUGCCAAGACUUGGUCGUCGUACUCGCUUUCGACAAUCGCGAACGAUUGAUGCAAUGGCAGGUGAAACUGAGCACUCACCUGAGCGACGGCCCACAUUUUCUGGUGCUCGUUUCUUCGGCACCGGCAAAGUCAAGGUUGCCACCAGGUCCGGCACGUCUUCAUGUUCAAGAACGAGGUUUUUGCCUGACCACUGGCGUACCUCCCAGAGUCGCCGGACAAUGGCUUAUCAGUAAUCUAAGACGGUAUGGAGUGGUGGAGGGCAAGUUCUGCUUCGAGGGCGGCUCCAGGUGCAUGAAGGGUGAAGGUCUAUAUAUUCUACUCACGGAUCAAGGCGAGGAAAUUACUUCUACACUGAAGGUCGCUGCUACUGGACAAUUGCAUGCUUCCAGAAGGAGACCUGUCUCCAGGAAUAUGUCAGUUAUGGAUAGUCCAAGACGUCCAGCGUUGAGGACAACAGGUGGCGUGGCUUUGGAACUGAGUGAGGCCAGUUUAAAUUCCAGAGCCGAUUCUCCAUACACAGACUUGGAGAGCAACUAUGGAUGCGGUGACAGCAUAUCAAAUGAUGGAUGGAACGGUCCAUCAAUUGAACGAUGCAUGAGUUGCAUUAGUAAACUAGGAGCCAUGUCAAGGUCUUCCACUGCUACAGUAACAAUUGGGGCACCCUGUUGGGAACACACUUGCGACAGACAUUCAAUCAGUAGUAGUUCUGACAGCAGCGGUUGGAGUCAGGCUGUUACCAAACCACCGGCCAGACCGCCAAAACCACCGUCGGCUUCUCCGUCUCCCAAAAAACCUGCCGUUCCUCCACCGUCCACUUAUGACAACUAUGACGUACCCAAAAUACCAUACCCAGUGGAGCCGAAGGCUGAAGAGUUAUACGAUACACCAAGAAAAUUAAAGGAGUGCAUGACCGGUUACGGCUUCGACACGAUUCAAAAAGCUUGUGGUUGUGUAGUUAGAUUGAGACAACCAGAGCCAGAACGCCCUUGCGUCUGUCAACGUCUGAUGUCCUGCUGGUCAGCUACAGAUGACGUGCAUGCAGUCUACGCUACCGUCGAUUACAGCAAAAAAGCUCAUAGAAAUCAACCGACUGCCACUGCCAAUAAUUAUGCCAAUAUAACACCGAUCAAUCCAUCGAAUCAGACCACAACGACGGCUCCUGCACCGUCCAACAAUUACGAGAACAUGGAGUUUGCUCAAACAUUGCAGCUGUACGAAAACAGCAAGGAGAUACAGGAGAAAGCCAAGCAGUUGUGUCACAAAUGCGGACACGCUCAAGACGACUAUUUGAUGAUGGAACCGUCAAACAAGCCUACACAACCACAUCCAGGGUACAUACCCAUGUCGCCAGCCGUAAAGCAACGAUUGGGCAAAGUUUUGUCCAACAGCAAUCCCAAUUUGGGUCCGGCUUUAGACAGAUCUAACAAACCGUCUGGUUCAGCUAUGUUGCACGCUAAUGUAUACCAAAGGAGGCAAAUAUUGGACUCCACUGACAACUUAGACUUGCUCAAACGCAGAAGGUCCAACUCGGCCGAUUCAUCGACAAGCAGAUGCGAACCAGAGCCAGAACCGGAACCAGAGUCGUCUCCGUGCCACUGCGCCCAAUCGAUCGCCGUCCGUCGCUCGUCUUCAGUCCCAUGCAAAUCAAACCGCGACUCUUCCAGCUCCAACGACUCGGGCGUUUUCGAACUGCCCCGCAGAACCACAAUCUGUCCCGCCAACAUAACUCUACCACGUCGUUCCAAAUCGUCGGAUCCGCUCAGGGACCUGAGCUUCCAGUUCAACAAGGCUGAUGGCAAGUCGGCCAGUGCCGAGGCUGAAGUGCCGGUUUGUCCUUCGGGAUCCACCAGCAGUGGCACCUCUGACAUGUCGGAUUACUUCGAGACGUUGAGCCUGAGCUCGCACAGUUCCAGCGAUGCUCCACCGCCCAGUUGCACGCUCAGGCCGCGUUCAGGCAACGAAUACCUGAGUCUGCAGAGACUCAUCGCUCCCGUUCCUGAGGAGCGGCACUAAACUAGUCUAUUUAGGAAGCAAUAAUAUAUAUAUAAAUAUAUAUAAUAGCAUCUAGUACAAUACAUACUACUUAUUAUUAAUUAUGUCUGUAAUCAUUUUCUGUAUAAAAGUAAUUUACUUUAUAAAAUAAAUUAUUCACGAGGA